UGUCAAUGUUCCGCAGAAUACGGUGGUGACUACACAAUGAGCUUCGAGAAUAAAAUUGCGAUAGUGACGGGCGCCAGCUCCGGUAUAGGAGCGGCCACUGCAGUAGCUUUCAGUCUUCAAGGCGCAAAGGUGGUGAUGGUCGGUCGUAAUGAGGCCAAGCUGACCAAAGUAGCGGCUAAAUGCUCCAAACCGCUGGUAAUACUCGCAGACGUGACCAAAGAUGCUGACGUUAAACGCAUUGUAGACGAAACAAUCAAGAAGUUUGGUCAAAUCGACAUUCUUGUGAACAACGCUGGACUGUUACGCAAUGGUGGACUUAUUGAGAACGACAUAAUGCCGGCCUAUGAUGCCAUCAUGAACGUAAACGUCCGAGGAGUCGUCAAUCUAACGAGCCUCGCUUCGCAACACCUCGCUAAAACUAAAGGAAAUGUCGUCAACAUAUCGAGUGCCGCUGCAUUCCUCACUCCAAUGGUUCCAGGAUCUUUAAGUUACUACAUUUCUAAAGCUGCUAUCAAUCAUUUUGGAGCAUGUGCUGCGGCUGAAUUAGCUCCUCACGGUAUUCGAGUUAACACAGUCAGCUCUGGGCCAGUGAAGACGGAUUUAUUUGAAAAUAGCGGCAUAGAUGUCAAGUAUGAAGAUUUUGAAAAAGUGGUCGCCUUGGGAAGAGUUUCGGAGCCGGAAUAAAUUGCUGACGUGGUUCUCUUCCUGGCGAGUGACAAGGCUAAAGGUAUAACCGGAUCCAACUUCUUGGCUGACAAUGGUAUGGUUAUUAAACGCUAAAUCAUAAACUCUUUAGAGUGCUGACUUAAAAGUCAAAUUUGAACCCUGACUAACAGCUUUUUCAUGCAAUAGGCAUCUACAAUAUAAUGCACUAUUAUGUUGUUAUGGAGGUUAAGAAAUAAAUAGUUCUGCUACACUGAAUUGGUUUUA